AUGGCGCCUACGAGACCUUCGCGCGCAGCCGCCAAGGAGAAUGGCACGACAGCUGAACCGGUAGCCGAUGAUGGAGCCCCAGUAAAGCGCGGCCGCGGUCGUCCCCCCAAAAAUGGUGUCUCGGCUCAAGUUAAGAAAGCUCCUUCGGGUCGCCCUCGUGGCCGUCCUCCCGGAAUCAAGAAAGCCGCCAAGCCUGCUCCAUCCAAGCCUGCCGCCAGCAGUGGUCCUGGUCGCCGUGGACGUCCUCGCAAGAGCGAUGCAAGCGUUACUACACCGAAAAAAGCUGCGACUCCCAAGUCUGCCGCAGCCAAGCCCUCUAGCACAGGAAAAGGACGCGGCCGACCACGCAAGAGUGACGUUUCGCCUGCCAACGAGCCCGAAGAGGAGGAGGAUGAUGAUAUUGAAGGAAAGGGCGAGGAUGAUGAAGAUGAGGCGGAUGAUGAUAUCGCGAUGGAUGACGAUGCUGAAGAUGACGACGCAGUCGAUGAUGGCGAUGCUGCUCCUGAAGAGGUAGGAUCACCCUUUUCGCACUUCCCCUUUAUGCACAGCUCUCGCUUUUGA